AGAGAAGAAAUCCUUGUUUGACGUCCCCGAACCUGACGGCAGCUCUUUAUCCCCAGUCACAGCUGCAGUGUACUCGUUUUUGACAAUGAUAAUAGUCCUGCAGGUUCUGAUCCCCAUUUCCUUGUAUGUCUCCAUCGAAAUCGUCAAAGUGUGCCAAGUGUACUUCAUCAACCAGGACGCGGAGCUAUACGACGAGGAAACGGGCUCCCGGCUGCAAUGCCGUGCUCUGAAUAUCACAGAAGACCUGGGGCAGAUCCAGUAUGUCUUCUCAGACAAAACAGGCACGCUCACAGAGAACAAGAUGGUUUUCCGGAGAUGCACUGUGUCCGGCAUCGAGUACGCGCACGAUGCCAAUGCGCGGCGGCUGGCCAGGUACCAGGAGGGAGACUCGGAGGAGGAGGACACGGUGCCCAGGGGGGGAUCGCUGCCCCAGCGUGGCAGCACUGGGAGCCACCAGAGCGUCCGCAGCCUGCACAGGGCCCCAGGCACCAUGUCGCACCGGCGGUCGGGCAGCCGGGCCGAGGCCAGACGGGCCAGCAUGUUGUCCAAGCAUACGGCCUUCAGCAGCCCCAUGGAGAAGGACAUCACACCUGACCCAAAGUUGUUUGAGAAAGUGAGUGAGUGUGACAGGUGCCUGGCCUUGGCGAGGCGCCAGGAGCACCCGCUGGCUCACCUCUCGCCCGAGCUGGCUGACAUUUUUGACUUCUUCAUCGCGCUCACCAUCUGCAACACGGUGGUGGUCACAUCCCCAGACCAGCCACGACAAAAGGUGAGGGUGAGGUUCGAGCUGAAGUCCCCCGUGAAGACCAUAGAAGACUUCCUGAAGAGGUUCUCGCCCUGCCGCCUGACCUCGGGCUGCAGCAGCCUUGGGAACCUCGCCACCACCAAGGUCCCGCACAAGCCGGGGCCCAGCUCCCUAUCCGCCCUGUCCACCAACAGUACGCUGCUCAGCCUGGAGGGCAAGCUGGGCGAGCCGGCGCAGGCCAUCGCCAGCAACGGCUACAGCAGCGGGGCGGCCGGCUGGGCCCGGGACCCCAAGCCCGAGCUGCGCUACGAGGCCGAGAGCCCCGACGAGGCGGCGCUGGUGUACGCGGCGCGCGCCUACAACUGCGCGCUGGCCAGCAGGCUGCACGACCAGGUGGCCGUAGAGCUGCCGCAUCUGGGUAGGCUCACCUUCGAGCUCCUGCACACGCUGGGCUUCGACUCCAUCCGCAAGCGCAUGUCGGUGGUGAUCCGACAUCCUCUCACCGACGAGAUCAAUGUCUACACCAAGGGGGCCGACUCGGUGGUCAUGGACCUCCUGCUGCCAUGCGCCUCAGAUGACGCCAGAGGAAGGCAUCAAAAACAAAUCCGCAGCAAGACACAGCACUACCUGGACCUGUACGCCGUGGAAGGCCUGCGCACCUUGUGCAUCGCCAAGAGGGUUCUCAGUCAGGAGGAGUACGCCUGCUGGCUGCAACGCCACUUAGAAGCAGAGUCCUCCGUGGACAACCGCGAGGAGCUCCUCUUUCAGUCGGCAGUUCGCCUGGAGACGAAUCUGCAUCUGCUGGGUGCCACCGGGAUUGAAGACCGCCUGCAGGAAGGCGUCCCUGAAACCAUCGCCAAGCUGCGUCAGGCAGGCCUGCAGAUUUGGGUCCUCACCGGUGACAAACAAGAAACGGCCAUUAACAUUGCGUACGCCUGCAAACUGCUGGACCAUGACGAGGAAGUCAUCACUCUGAACGCCGAGUCCCAGGAGGCGUGCGCGGCCCUGCUGGACCAGUGCCUACACUACGUGCGGUCCAGGAGGCCCCGUAGCGCCCCGGAGAAGACCACUGGCGACGUCAGCGUGGGGUUCUCCCCUCUCUGCCCACCCUCGGAGCUCGCCGCCGCCGGCCCCUGCCCGAGCCUCGUGAUUGAUGGGAGAAGCCUGGCCUACGCCUUGGAGAAGAACCUAGAGGACAAAUUUCUCUUCCUCGCCAAGCAGUGCCGGUCGGUGCUUUGCUGUCGGUCGACGCCCCUGCAGAAGAGCGUGGUGGUGAAGCUGGUCAGAAGCAAGCUCAAGGCCAUGACCCUGGCCAUUGGGGACGGAGCCAAUGAUGUCAGCAUGAUCCAGGUGGCAGACGUGGGCGUGGGGAUCUCAGGCCAGGAGGGCAUGCAGGCAGUGAUGGCCAGCGACUUCGCGGUGCCCCGAUUCCGGUACCUGGAGAGACUGCUGAUUGUCCACGGACACUGGUGUUACUCCCGCCUUGCCAACAUGGUGCUCUACUUCUUCUAUAAAAAUACGCUCGUGACUGGGGUCCUGGACAAGGAUGUGGCAGCCGACGUGCUGCUGACAGAGCCUCAGCUGUACAGGAGCGGCCAGAACAUGGAGGAAUACAGGCCCCGUACCUUCUGGGUGAACAUGGCCGAUGCUGCCUUCCAGAGCCUGAUUUGCUUUUUCAUUCCUUACCUGGCCUACUACGACUCCGACACAGAUGUGUUUACCUGGGGGACCCCCAUCACUACCAUUGCGCUGCUCACCUUCCUGCUGCACCUGGGUAUUGAGACCAAGACCUGGACCUGGCUCAACUGGAUGGCCUGUGGCUUCAGUGUCCUUUUAUUUUUCACUGUGGCUUUGAUUUACAAUGCUUCCUGUGCGACGUGUUAUCCUCCGUCCAAUGCUUAUUGGACGAUGCACACAUUACUGGGCGACCCUGUGUUUUACUUGACUUGUCUCCUAGCACCCAUCGCCGCGCUGCUGCCCAGAUUGCUUUUUAGAGCUCUGCAGGGGAGCCUUUUCCCCACCCAGCUUCAGCGGGGACGCCAGUUGGCCAGGAGGUCUCCCAAGAAACUCAGCGCUCCCAAAGACACUCAGGGACCCCUCCCGGGAGAACCAAAAACUGAGCCAUCAGAGCACAGAAGCGUCUGUGCCUCUGGGCCCCGCUCCCAGAACUGCACGUUGCAGGCGUCUUGGCACCGGCAACAGCCAGCCUGCUCCCCAGAGGCCAGCGGGGAGCCCAGUGUGGUGGACGUGAGCAUGCCUUUGAGGGAGGGCCUGGGCACUCAGGCCCCGGGGUCCUCCGCUGUUCUGGAAAGGUAUCCUGGGGACUCCAGGACGAAGCCCAGCAGGCCAGCCCGCCUCUCGUCCAUCUUCACCCUGCCCAACUUCGGCUCGCUCAGCUGGGUUUCCCCCCUGUCGCUGGUCAGUGGACUGGGAAGUGUCCUACACUUCUCCCGAAGUAGUUUACAGGUGGGCAAGCAGGACAGCGAGUUCUUGCCCCGCCCCUCACAGCUGGACCAGGACCUGCAUGGCCUCAGCAAGCAGGCCACGGACUACUUCUAGCAGCACCUUCCGGGACUGCCGCUGUUGACCCUCAAAAUGGCCUUAUUUUUUAUAACACAGAUGUUAAUGUUAUUUAUGUUUACUAUUUGCACAGAAGAGUUCUAGUGAGAUCUAUUUUAUAUGUUUCCAAGGCUCACACAGGAAACAAAAGGUACCAAAACAGAAAGUUUAUUUUUUAACAGUUCUAAGUACAGUAUAUUGAAAAAGAAAAUCAGAGCUUUAAUGUAUAUAAAACUUUAAAGAAGAGUGACACUUGGACAGUGUGUUUAGAUUUAUUUUUUCAUCUCAUAAGAAAAUGCGGUAUGACAAGUUUUCUUCAACAUGGUGACUUUAGCUUCCCCUAUGUGUAAAUGUGUGUGAAUACAGUGAACCCCUGGGGAGGGGAGAGCUGGUGGAGGGGCGAGCACACAGCCUCCCACCAUCUGUCUCCCAAUUCCCACAGCAUGGGAGGGCAGGGCCCCACUUCACCCCAAGAACACAUGUGUGAAGUUCACCGCGAUGUUCAAUUCUAAACAGGCAUUUCGUAAAGAUCACCUUGUAGGAAUUACCGUCCCUAUGUAGGGUCUUGCCUGUCAAAAUCAUAGCAAGCAAUAAACUUCACUUUGCGAAUA